CGCCGAUAUCGCUACCUCGUCAUCAUGCAGCUCUCGCGGCCCCAAAUAAUAAACUCUCAUUUUGAACUUUUUCUGCUUCGUGUGCACAUUGCAAGUACAACCCGCAAACUCCUCAACAACUCCAGCCCGCUGCCAUGUCCGAUUUCCCCCCUUCCCCAGUCAACACCAUUGAUUGGAGCAAUGUUGGCUUCAAAAUUCGAGAAGUUGCCGGCCAUGUCGAAUCCCACUACUCGGUCAAAGACGGAAAGUGGACACCGCCACAAUUCAUCGAGGACCCCUACCUCAGGAUACAUGGCAUGGCACCCGGCCUGAAUUACGGCCAGCAAUGCUACGAGGGCCUGAAAGCCUUUCGAGACCCAAGUGGGAACAUCAACAUCUUUCGACCCAACAAGAACGCGGAGCGCAUGCAACACUCUGCUUCGUACAUCUCCAUUCCCGAUGUCCCUACCCAACACUUCCUCGACUGCUGCAAGCUCGCCGUGGGGAUGAACGCUGCCUAUGUUCCUCCGCACGAGACGGGCGCGGCCAUGUACGUACGGCCUCUACUGUUCGGAAGCUCGGCGCAAUUAGGCCUGAACCCACCCGAGGAGUACACAUUCGUCGUCUACACUAUUCCCACAGGAGUUUAUCACGGUGUCAAUCCCGUCGAUGCUCUCAUCUUGGAAAGCUUCGAUCGUGCAGCGCCAGAGGGCACCGGGUCUGCAAAAAUUGGAGGCAACUACGCACCGGUCCUGCGGUGGAGCGAGAAGGCGCACAAGGCUGGAUACGGAAUCACCCUUCAUUUGGAUAGCAAGACACGGACGGUCAUUGACGAAUUUUCCACAUCGGCCUUCAUUGGCGUGAAGAAGAUCGGAGACAAGUACAAGCUCGUUUCGUCGAACAGCAAAAACGUCAUCAAGAGUGUAACGGGGGAUAGCGUCUUGAAGAUUGGAGAAUCGUUUGGGUGGGAGACGGAAUCGCGAGAGAUUGCUUAUGAAGAGCUCAAAGAAUUCGAUGAGGUUCUUGCUGCUGGUACCGCCGCAGCGCUGGUGCCCAUCAAAUCGAUUAGUCUCGAAUCUCAAAAUGACAAGUUCACAUAUCUGAGCGGAUCGGAGCCGGGCCCAGUGUGUAUGAAGCUACUCUCGACACUGAAGGGCAUCCAGCAAGGCAAGCUCGAGGAUAAACAAGGGUGGUUGUUCAAGGUUGAGAGGCCGGAGAUUUGGAACGCGAAGACGGAAAAUGCAGAAAAGGAAACGGUGGACCAACUGCCUUAGA